CAUUUACACACACACACACUGCAGAACAUUGUGUUCAGACACACACACACACAGAGACCCAGAAGAGUGUGUGAUUGUGCAAGUGUGCUUCAGUGUUUGCGCUGCUGUUCAUGUUCAGAUCAUCAGCAGAAUCAGCAGCAGCAGCACAGGAAGAAUGUUCCAGAUGGUUCAGUUUCUGGUUCCUUCUGGACCCAAAAGACAAAACAGCAGCAGCGGCUCCAAACCCAAGCCCACUCUGACCACUGCAGACCAGUUCAUACAGCGCGUCCGCGCAGUGACCGGUCUGAGACAGCAGGAUGUGUUUCAUAACCUGCGUGUGCCGAACCAACAGCAGACUGACAGAGACGAGAUCAGCCUACUGCUGCUCACAGGUUACGGUGUGUUCUGUAUUGAUCUGAAGACGUGGAGUGGAUCCGUCUCAGCCCAGAGUGACUCUCUGUGGCCGCUGCAGAGCAAAGAGCAGCAGGAACACACACACACCAGCACAGAGGAGCUGCCGGACGCUCUACAGCAGAUCAGGGUGAAAGCCGGUAACCUGUGUGCGCACCUGCGGCGCUGCGGCCUGCACCUGCCCUCGUCUCUCUGCGUCCCCAGAGUGCUGCUGCUGUCGGAGUGUGUGUUGAGCGACGCGCUGCUGCAGGACGAGCUGCUGGUGUCAUACACACACAUCGAGCCCUUCCUGCGCUCGCUGACAGAGGGCUACGCUAGCUGGCUCACACACACACUCACACCAGCCUGGAUCACCGGUCAGCUCUCCUACAGUCAGAUGCGGGCUGUGCGCGAGCAGCUGGAGCUGAUUGGCAGCUGGGACGUUCUUCAGAUGAUUGACGGACAGCAGAUCAGCGGAGACUUCCAGAGCUGCCGACACCUGUCAAUCAGCAGACAGGAAACAGACCUGCUGGAGUUCAGCCCGACAGGAAGUCUGGUCAGCGACACACUGUGGAGCCUGCUGGGACACACACCACAGGUCACCGUCUCCCUGUAUAAGCGUGGUCCUCAGGGGUGGCUGGGUAAACCGAUCAUCGCCACGGCAACCAUCCCGUCCAGCACACGUGUGAUCUUCCGCAUGCGUGGAGACGCGGCCGAAUCCAGGAUCCCGUGUGGAAGAAUCCGCUCCAUCACACUGAGCAUCUGAACACACACUUACACACUCUCUCUCACACACACACACACUUACACACUCUCUCUGACUCUCUCUGAUUCACACACACACACACACACUUAAGAGCUGCUUUAUUUGAAGGAGAGCUGCUUUAAUGCUCCGUCACUGCUAAUAAACCUGAUUUACUUUCCUAAUCAGAUCAAUAACCUGCAUUAUUAGAUGUGUGGAUCUGAGCGCACACACACACACACACACACACUGGAGAUCUGCAUGUUGUGCUUUGGCUGUUGAUUGUGACGGUGUUCAGGCGUGUUCAGUAUGUUAUGAACACACAGGUGUGACUUCCUCUCUCCGCUGAUGGAUCUGUUCAAGCUUUAGUCUUCAUCUUGUGUUGUGAUGCAGAUCAAUAAAGUGCAGAUGUCUGUCUGUCCUGCUGAAUCUG